CCCCUUAGUGAUUUGCUCAUCUUUUCUUCAGCUUCCGAUUCCAAUUGCAAGCCAAUUUGUGUUCUUCUUCCUUCUGGAAGUCAGAACAGUGAAGAUUUCUCAUGAAAGAAACCUAUAAAGAUCUACCGGAAGAGUGUUGGGAUCAAAUUUUAAGCCGACUAGAUCAUCAUCAACAAUGGGAAUCAUUGUCUCUUGUCUCCAAAACUUUUCUCUCUGUAAUUAAUCACAUGCGAACUAGCCUUAAAGUAAUCAACCCCUCGAUUGAGGUCCUCUCUAAACAACUUCAGAGAUUCCCGCGUCUCAAGAAGUUUGAUCUAAGUGACAUUAGUAAAUCUCUUGAAGAUGCUCUUUAUGAGAUUGCAUUAUCCGGGGUGGAUAUUGAGGAAUUGAACAUUUCACGUUCAUCAAAUCCUCCCAUAAAAAUAAAAUUGCUAGAAGAGUUGAGCUCCAAAAUGAAGAAUUUGAUUGCUUUCAAUCCAACUUAAGCGACAACGACCUGGUGGUCUUAUCAGAUUGCUUUCCCUCACUAGAGGUGGUAGAUAUAAGUCUUCCACGCUCUAGAGGUAUAACCGAUGAAGGUGUUGUUGUACUAUCAAAGAAUCUCAAGCGCUUACAAGAAAUCAGUCUUACUUGUAUUUCAGAUGAGUCUGUCAUUCUAACUGCAAGCAUCUGACAGAGAUCGUGCUUCGGUCUUGCUCCUAUGUGAGUCAAACUGCACUGUCUUUUGCAACGGAAAAUACUCAUUCCCUCAGAUCUCUUAUCUUUGCCGCAGAUUUUUUUGACCCAAUUGAAUUCACAAAUCCAUUCAAAUUUUCUAAACGUAUUAGCACAAUUGACUUGUGCAACGUGGAUAUCUCUGAUGAUCUUCUCUAUGAGAUGGCGAAAUCAGAUCUUUUGUUGGUACACUUUCAUCUCAGAAGGUGUAGAAAUUUCACUCUCAAUGGUAUAUAUGUUCUUUUGAAUGCGUAUCAGUCCUUACAGUCUUUCACCCUGACGGAUACAUAUAUUCUCACUGAUGAAUCUAUGAUGAAUAUUUGUCUGUUUAUCCGUAAGCUGAUCUCCAUAAACCUAGAUGGUUGUGACGAGCUAACUGCUGCAAGUUUUGAUGCUGUCUCCUCAGCUUGUCCCCGUCUUGAACAUCUUCGUAUGGACUCAUUAUCUACGCGGAAUGAUUUUGAUGUAAUAUCUUGUGCUUCAGGAUCCAUAGUCAACCCAUGUUUAACAUAUGCCGCUUUGAGAGGCCAUAUGCUUUCAGGAGUCCUGCAUACCUUGCCGAAUUUGCAGUUUCUAAAAGUUCAUCAUUUUUCCGAUUCCUGUGAAUUAGACAUUGCUGUUAUCCUAAAGUAUUGCCGUGGACUAAGGCAAUUAGUAAUACUUGGUGCUGGGAAAUUCAAGGUCAGUGAAGAAAUUAGCAAGCUGGAGUGUUUGAGUCUAGAGAGAUCGCAAGGGACGAAUGAUCAGAUGCUGGAAAUGCUUGGGAAGAGAUGCCAAAGGCUUCUUUACUUGAACUUGACAGGUUGCUGUAAUGUAACUGAACGAGGAUUGAGGGCGAUUGUGGAGCAUUGCAAACAACUCAGAUAUAUUAACUUGGAUUGGUGUCAUCAGGUGAACCCAAGUUUUAUCAGUUGGAUGGUGAGCUCAUGUCCCUCUCUAAGGAAAAUAGUUUCCACAGGUAGAUGGGGUCUUUAUGAAGAUGAGAGGCAGAGCUUUUUAAGACAAGGAUGUCUUGUUAUUCCAGGUACCUACGACGAAUCAGAGCUGCAAGAUAAUCUGAAUUCUUCAGACUUUGAUUAACACACAUGACUGAACCUUUUGAUAGUUUUCUUGCUGAAAUACGUGGUGUGAUGGUUUCAUACAGCGGACAGUUUAUGAUUUAAGUUCAGUACUGUACUUUGUAUUUCGUACAAAUGUGCGUUUCUGGCCAUCUUUCUAAACCCUAAACACGAGAAGUCGAGGAUGAAUAGGGGUGGUCUGAUAUAUGGCUAUAUAUUGUGGAUUAUUUUUUGUAUACCUCUUGAGAAUUUUAGAUGUUGAAUGCAUUUUGAUGUUGAUCUUUUUCUCUAAA